AUGAAGUCCAACUUGGGCUUGGUAGUCUCGAGCGUCCUGGGUCUGGCACUCCAGGCCGGGGCCCAAGCCGUCGUUCCAGCAGACUCAACUGGCAACCAGAAUCCAUUCAGCGGUGGCGGCUCUGGGUCUGGUGCCGCCGUUCCAGCAGACUCAACUGGCAACCAGAAUCCAUUUAGCGGUGGCGGCUCUGGGUCUGGUGCCGGUGCAGGUGCUGGUUCAGGAGGUAGCCAGAACCCCUUCGGUGGUGGUGGCUCCAGCCCUGGUACCGGUACUGGCGCUGGCACCGGAUCAGGAGGCAGCCAGAACCCCUUUGGCAGUGGCGGCACCGGUACUGGUACUGGCACUGGUGCUGGUACUGGUUCAGGAGGUAGCCAGAAUUCCUUCCCCGGCACUGGCUCCGGCGGAGGCACCACAACCCCUCCAGGAAGCUGCCAGUGCCCGCCUGGUGGGAACACAACCCCCAGCGGCCCGCGCCUGGAUCAACCGGGAUGCCCGGCGACUCGGGCCGUGGCACCAACAGGCCAGGCGCUAACGUAUGCCAGCUCACCCAUCUGCCACACGGGCGACGGCCAGUUGUACCAAAGCCCCGAUGGGGCAACCUUCUUCAUCCAGUGCUGCACCCACGGCGCCAGCACCGUGAUCAGAACGCUCGUGACGGCCGAUUUUGGAGAGUGCAUGGACGAGUGCAGCAGGACGGACCAGUGCAGCAGUGUCAAGUUCCUGGCCCACGAGGAGUCGUGGUCCGAGCCUCUGCACACAUGCACCUUGAGCAAGGAUGGAGGGUACUCGUCGGCUACGUGUGGAGGAGACGUCCACAGCUAUGCCUUCGUCAUCGACCCGCCGGCUAUCGAGUCCCCUGACUCAGCGGGUGUUCUCUGCUCGACCGAAUGCCCUUCUGCCCACGGCCAACUUUACGUGUCCUCGGUGGGCGAGUCCUUCCAUAUGGACUGCGGCCAGCGGCACGGUACCCAGGUCAUCUACCGUGACCGCCAACCGUCGCUCAAGACUUGCAUUGAGGCUUGCGGAAAGCUGCUGGCAUGCCACAGCGUUGACUACGACACCCACCGCCAGAUCUGCUACUACGGGAAGCACCAAGGCGAACCGACCAUCGACGCUCCCGGGUUUGCGAGCGCCCACUCCAUGGGCUGCGUGGGGGCAUGCUCUGCAUGCAGCGGUGGCCGCUGCCCGAACGACCCCGACCCGUCUGCGCCUCCUCACGACGACAGCCCCUUCCCCCAGGAUGGCCCGCUCGCCAACCCCUCGCCUCCCGACUUGCUGUGCCCUGGACUCCAAGGCCAGAUCAAGACCGUCAACGGCGUGAGCUACCGCAUGACGUGCGGGCUGGCCACGGGUUGCCACGAGGAUGCCGUAGCACUCUUCGGGGCGGGAGGCGACAUGCAUAGGACGCUUGAUGACUGCCUCCAGGCUUGUGCCGACAACGCGGCCAAGGGGUGCAACAGCAUCAACUUCCUCGAUUCUGACUACACGCCCAGCGGCACGGCGCGGUGCGUCCUUAGACAGUGCAACCCGGCCCCUAGCAUCGUGGGUAGCCACAUCUCGGGACAUAGAAUCUAA